UACUAUUCAGUAUACUGUAUCUUGUCUGUUCUCGUAUAAGGAACGAUCGUAUAAUCCAAACGAAAAAUUCAAAUGACACCUACACCAGCCGUACCUAACCUUCCCAUCUACUACUUAUAAUUAUCUAGUAAUAGUAAUAAUAAUAGACUUAUCCGUGUGUUUGUUGUGAGUACUCAAGUAUUACUUGUUUAUCUACUUAUAUUUGUAUUUGUAUUUGUAUUUGUUUUGCUUAUACGACAAGAGUACUAUGACCAACAAAGAAGAGGAACAGCUCCUUCAGGAUGCUUCUACUUUGUUGAUGUUUGCCAACUUGGCUACCAAACAGCAGCAGCAUCAACAACAUCAACAACAUCCACUUCCUUCUGCUGCUGCUCCUGCUCCAGUACAAGUUCAACCAGUUCAACCAGUUCAACCAGUUCAACCAGUUCAACCAGUUCAACCAGUUCAACCAGUUCAACUGCAAGCUCCGCCACUGUUCCCUCCAUUACCUCCAUCAAAUUCUCAGUUUAAUACUGUUCAUGGACCUCAUACAGUGCCUGUACCGCAUAAACAUCUUGAAUUUGCUCCUCAACAGUUUAAAAGAGUCACUCCUCCUAUAUCAACAUCAACCGGCUUUUCCACUAAAUCAUCUCCAACAGAAACAUCUCGUAAACCUUCAGUACCCUCUCGAAAUUCAAUAAGUGUAUUAAUAAAUAGUCCUGAACCAUCUCAACCAUCUCAACCAUCUCAACCACCUCAACUUGAACCGGCCCCUAUCAUACAUUCCAUUCCAGCUACUCAUCCAUCAAAUACUCAUUCACAUUCACAUUCUCAUUCUUAUUCGCAUCCGCAUCCUCCUCCUGUUACUCAUAGUAUCCCAUUAAGUGCUUUAGUAUCACCUCCUAUGCCAGCCAAAGAGUUUGAAUCAAAAAAUGAUAAAUACCAUAAACGUUCCAAAUCAUCACCAGAGAUUGAAAGAAAUCAAGCUCAUAUAAAUCAGUUAUCACCUAGUCCAGCCAUUCGAGGUAUAAAUAUAGAGAGUCGAGAAAGAAAUACUAAUAAUGCUGUAAUAGCAGCUGCAGCUUUAGCAGCUGCAGCAGAUAUUCCCCUACCAUUGAAACAUAUAGAAAGAAUUAAAUCGGCUCCACCUGCUGAAAUUCCAAAUGUUGAAGAUAAAGAUAAAGAUGAAGAUCAACUCACUGAACCAGAAAAUGAUUACAGAACUGAUGAUGAUCGUACAGAAGAUGAGAUUCUGUUGGCUGCUAAAGCUCCUGAAUUAUCUCGAAUAACUGAAGAGGAAAGUGUAACUUCUACUACUACAACAACUACCACAACUGUAACUGUAACCACUGAUACUACACCUAAACCUGAAUCUAAAGUUGAAAUUGAAAAUGUCCCUGUUGAAUCUACGAAGCAAGAUGAAACUAAAUCUGAAACUGAAGUUGAAGUUGAAGCCGAAGUUGAAGCCGAAGUUGAAGUGGAAAAGAAACCUCAAGAUUUUGGUAUUCCACCCCUCAAUUCUUAUCAAGUAGAUGCCGAUUCUGGUUUAAUUGGAUGUAUUUGUGGUAUUGAAGAUGAUGAUGGAUUUACUAUACAAUGUGAUGUAUGUUAUAGAUGGCAACAUUGUGUUUGUAUGGGAUAUAAGACUAGUGAAGAAGUUCCAGAAGAUGAAUAUACUUGUUACUAUUGUGAUAAGACUAAAUGGGGUAAAUUUAAUGCUGAAGAAUGUCGAACAGAAACUUUAGAAAGGUUAGAUAGUGAUUUUAAAUUAAAUUCUCAACAAAGAAUUUAUGAAUCUGAAACCAAUCCAAUUCUGAAUGAUAUUGAUGGAUCUAAUAAUAAUAAGGAAAAGAAUAGAAAUGGUAGUGUUGGAUCUAAGAGAAAACAACUGGCUUCUGAAAAGGCUGAAAAAAGGAGAAAGACAGAAACUUCAACUGAUAAGAAGAAGGAACAAACUCUGGUAGAACCAAUAGAAGCUCCUGAACCAGUAGUAAUGAUUCCUAAUAAAGAUAAUGAACUUUUAGAAGAUGGAGUUACAGCAGAAACUUAUCAAGCUAAUUAUUAUAAAUUAAGAAAUAAUGAUUAUAAACGUAAAUCAAUUAAAGACUAUUUCUUUCAAAUUGGACAAGACUUUCAUCAAGAAUUUUUAAGUCUCCCUAAAUCAGAACAACAAAAAAAGACAUUAAGAGGUAUUGAAAUUAUGACUCUGAGUCAAUUUAAAGGUUUAAAAAUGAGUAAAAUUAUAUUACCAAAUUAUCAAAAAUAUUUAACUGAACAUAAACUUUUAACAAAAAGGAAGAAUUUUAAUAAAAGUUCAAUUCAAGUUAAACAAUAUUUAGAUAAUCAAAAACAAAAAUUUAAUGGAAUUUCUAAAUUAUCAUUAUUUAUUAGUACUAAUGAUCCUGAUAAUCUUAUUAUUCCAGAGAAUACUAUAGUAAUUGAAUAUUUAGGAGAAAUUGAUUUUUUUGAAAAUUAUAUUAAUGAUAGAAUUAAUCAAUAUUCUAUGUGGGGUACUACAAAACCAAAAGUUUUAAAGACUAAUCUUCAAAUUUCAGAUGAUAAAGAUUUAAAUAUUAUUCUUGAUUCAAGAUUUGUAGGUAAUGAAUCACGAUUCAUUAGAAAAUCAUGUCCUUCAUCAUCAAAUUGUCGAAUUCAACCAGUUUAUAUUCCCGAACAGAAUAGUUUUAGAUUUUUGGUUAUUACAUCUAAACCUAUAACCCUUAAAUCCGAAACAGCCGAUGAAGAACUUCGAUUAAAUUGGGAAUGGGAAGCUGAUCAUCCAAUAUUAAAACUUUAUGAGAAUAAUAAUUCUGAAAAAUUUGAUAUUUUAACUAAUGCUCAUAAAUCUGCUUUAAUUACUUAUAUAGAUAACAUUUUACAUUUUGUAGAAUGUGGAUGUUCAACUUCAUCAUCUUAUUCAUCAUGUGCAAUUUUCAAGAUUAAAAAGGCUACUUCAUAUUUAUUAAGAUCAACGAGAAAGGCUUCAUCAAUAAGUAAUGUAAAUUUAGCUAAAUCUAAAGAUGAAUUAAUUCUUCCUCGGAAAGAAAAAGAAUAUAUUUCAUGGGGUGAUAGAUUAAUAGAUAGAGAUAAUAUCAUUCAAAUGAAUUUAACUUUAGCUACCAAAUUAAAUAAUGAUGAAAUUCAAAUUGAACAAAUUGAGCAGUAUCAAUCUCAUGAUCCAGAAUCACAAACUAUAAAGAAGAAACCCGUGGGAUUAUUUACUGCUCCAUUUAAGACUCAACUAAAGAGUAGAAAUCGAGAAAUUGGCAAUAAUAAUAAUAAUAAUAAAGGUCAAGAAAAAUUGUUUGAAUCUGAGAAUCAACAACUCAAUGAUAUUGAUCUUGAAAGCGGAUUUCAAAUAGUUCCUGAAUUAGUAAUAAAAAUAGAGAAGACAGUUGAUAGUAAACUUAAACCUAUUGUUGAAGAAGCCGAAGCCAAAAUCGCCAGUCAAUUGGAAAAUAAUCCAUUAAUAGGACCAGCCGAUAUAGAAGAAUUAGUAAGUAGUGUUACAAUUGAUAAACCUUCAACAUUAUUAGAACAACAACCGCCAAUUAAUUCUGUUGAUAUGAAGAAUUCUGUAACUGCAACUGGGAAUGUUUCAACUGUUACAGAUAUUAAACCUGAUACACAAGAAGAUAAAAUUGGACAAGCUCCUUCACCACCUAAAGUGGUUAAGAAAUUAUCCUUUGCCGAUUAUAAAAAGAAAAUGAAGUAAAGUGAAACAUUUUCUUUUCUUUAAGUAUAGUAUAUAAUGUAAUAUAAUAUUAAUGCAUUGCAUUGCCAUGUUUUAAAUCAUAUCUCCAUAACUGUAAAUGAUAAUGAUCAUUAAUAGAGUAUAAAAAAUAUCGUCUCUUUGGCCCUGCUCAUCUUGUUGCAAAUUGCUUUUCAGCGGCAGAAAAUUUCCUAAUUAGGCUGCAACAAUCAGCUGCGGAUA